AGCGUGUGAACCUGUCAUAAUCGCUUGUUCUUCUUGUUAGGUCUGCCUGCGUCGUAGCACUCGAAAACGGUUGACGUGCCUGGUCUAUCUACCGCAUGGAUCGCAAGCUCUGCACCAUCUGACGUCAUCAACCCACCAGACACCUGACUCUUGCACGUGCUGAGCUGGCAUCGUUCAACGAGGGUCCAGCGCCGACCAAUCAAAGCAUCACACGAAGAACUGGAAACUGUAAAACCGAGCGUUCCCCCACGAUCGGCUGCAGUCCGGCGGAGCGUGUGAACCUGUCAUAAUCGCUUGUUCUUCUUGUUAGGUCUGCCUGCGUCGUAGCACUCGAAAACGGUUGACGUGCCUGGUCUAUCUACCGCAUGGAUCGCAAGCUCUGCACCGUCUGACGUCAUCAACCCACCAGACACCUGACUCUUGCACGUGCUGAGCUGGCAUCGUUCAACGAGGGUCCAGCGCCGACCAAUCAAAGCAUCACACGAAGAACUGGAAACUGUAAAACCGAGCGUUCCCCCACGAUCGGCUGCAGUCCGGCGGAGCGUGUGAACCUGUCAUAAUCGCUUGUUCUUCUUGUUAGGCGCUGCGGUGGACCGAGCACAACGCAGAGAAGUUCGGCGGAAAUGCGACCUCUGUGGUUCUGGUGGGCCAUGGCGCCGGUGCUGUGUCCAUCGGGCUGCACCUGGUGUCGCCUGUUUGGGAACGCUCCCUGGUCAACGUCUCCCGCAUCGUUCUGAUGAGCGGAUCGCCCCUGCAGCCCUUCGCAAACAACAGCGAACUUGCUUCAGUUGCCUCCUCCCUAGGAUGCAACCUGUCAGUUGACGUCAGCCAAGAGAGGCAGUGGGCGUGUCUCCUUGGCCAACCGGCGGGCGCCUUCGUGACGGCGGAGGCGUACACCAACCUAGUGGCUGGACCGUCAUUCGACUCGGACUGCUUGCCGCAGCGCUGGCCGCAGCGAAGCGACCGGCUGCAUCUCAAGCAAGUGCUUAUUGGAAACUCGGCCCACGAUGGGGUCACCGAGAUUGAGUUGAAACGGAAGAUGCAGGGCGCCCGAGACCUGACAGGACUCCUAAUUGAGGAGCUAGCGUCUCUUGCUCUGACUGAUUUCGACCAACUGCUCGCCUUGUACAAUAAUGGCACGGGUUGCAGUGACCUUGGGUGCGCAGCCAUUCUGCAGGCAGAGAUCUGA